AUGAACUUGAGUAUUGCCGAGGGGAUCUACAUAAUGUUCUGUGCUUCAAUCAAAGAGAUGAGCGAUCUCCGUCUCGAACAAGUCACCGAAGAUCUGAUAUUGAAGUGGAGGGAUGCAAUUAAGGAUGCUUUACGUAUCAAUUUCAAAGUGGAAUUUGCAAUGGAACAUUUGAAGAAAGUUGCCCGCGCUUAUAUUGGUUUAAUGGAGCAUCGAAAGCUGAUGGAUAAUAUGGCUUCCAGGAUAUCCAAUUUGGAGGCUCAACCGAGUGAUGGGAAAGCGGAACAUUCCGAGAUACCCGAAAUGUUCAAGGAAUAUAUGGAUGCUGCAGAAGAAUUCACUGGCAAGGCUGUCAGCUCGGGCAUGUUUUGA